UGCUUUGUUUGCUUAGAAUUUUAUUCAGUGAGAAUCUUUUAUAAAGUAAUUUUAUUUUGGUACAACAUUUGUUUGAAGAUAAUUGUGGAAAUACAGCAUAAAAAAGAAAAGAGGAAAAAAAUAGAAAAAUGAAGUAUCCGGUUGUGUUGAGUUUGUGUUUGCUUAUUUUUUUUGGUAACUCGUACAGUUUAAAUAUUAAGGACAGUAACCAUGUAAAAAAAAAUGAUAGUGACUCAGAAAAUGAACAAAAUAAUGAUAAAAAUUGCAUUAUGUGUACAACAAGACCAGCAGAUACACCUAUAGGAUUAUGUUUACAUACAUUUUGCAGUAUUUGUAUAGAAGUUUGGAAAUGUGAUAAGAUAAUGUAUCGUUGUCCUUCAUGCAAUUAUGAAUAUAUUAAUAUUACCGUAGAAGAAGACGCAAAUUCACCUGCUGAUGACAACUAUGAAAUAGCUCCUGAAUAUACCCCUGAAUAUUCUCCUGAAUAUACCCCACAAUAUUCUCCUGAAUAUACCCCAGAAUAUUCAACAUCAUAUUAUCCAGGACCAGAGUCGGAACAAUAUCCAAUACCACAGCAGGAACAUUAUCCAGAAACACUUCAGCAAUAUUCUUUGAAUUGUAACCAGCCUGAGAGAAUCUGUAGUACUUGUGGUGGAGUUCGCUUAAAUAGGGACAACUCAGAUACUUUUCUUAGUGAUCAAACUCCGAGUGAAGGAGAAGGAAUAAUGGGUUAUAUAAACAAUUUUUUAUCCUAUAUGUCAGGAAUUAAUACUGAAGGUGAAGAAAAUGGAUUACCGGAUUAUAUUAACAAUAUUUACAAUACAACUACAAAUACAGAUAACAAUAUGUCUAUUGAAGAAAUAAGUGAUUUGUCAACAAAAUUAUUGAAUAUUGGUUUGAGUCAAGAUGAAACUAACUUAAUUCUAGAAGAUUAUAAGCAUAGAAACAAUAUUAAUAGCAACAAUAGUCAAGGAUGUCCAAGUUGCGGAAAACGAGCUACCAACAGAGUAUCUCAUAGUUGCGAUCAUUUAUUUUGUUAUGAAUGUUCACUUAAUGUAAGAAAUUCAUCUGCAUGUCCGGAGUGUAAUUCUCCAGCAAUAGGUUGGGACGAUGAAUGAUUUGUUGCAACAAUAUAUUUUCAAAUAAAUUAAAUCAUUCAUUAUAGCCAUAUAUAUUUAUGCACAUGCACUAUUUUUUUUUUAUAAUAAUAUACAAAAAUCUCAAUGCUCCAGGA